AUAUAAACAUGGAUGAGAAACAGGUAGGUAUGAUCCUUCUCUGAGUUUUCGAAGAGACGCCAAACAGAACUCGUUUGCAAUGCCCCUCAACACAUGCGAAUACCAGCUGCUCUUUCUGCUCUGUUUUCUGACAAAAAGCUGUCAUGCUUUCAAAAAUGACGCCACUGAAGAGUUUAAUGGGCACAUGGUCGCAUCAUCUCACCAGACUCCAAAUAAUGCCUCCUUAAAUCGAGCUGGCAACGGAGGAAGACGAACGGAUAGCCGAGACCAAACCGAACAGCACCAGGUUGGUUGCAGGGAGCUGAGGUCCACUAAAUAUAUAUCUGACGGCCAGUGCACCAGCCUGAAUCCCGUGAAGGAGUUAGUGUGUGCUGGAGAAUGUCUACCCACCCACCUGCUGCCCAACUGGAUCGGUGGAGGGCACUACUGGAGCAGACGGGACGCCCAGGAGUGGCGCUGUGUCACUGAACGCACCCGCUUCCAGCGCAUUAAACUCCAGUGCCAGGACGGCAGCACACGCACCUACAAGAUCACCGCCGUUACAUCCUGCACCUGCAAGAGAUACACGCGCCAAAACAACGAGUCCUCUCAUACGCCUCAGAGUCCCUCAAAAGAUCAACCACUGCAGAAACCCAAGAAGAAAAAAAGCAAAAAUAAAAACUCAAAGCUUGAUCCUAAAAAUGAGUAGAUACGAGAGCCUCUCAUUUAUUGAGGGUGAGCCAUACUGGUGCAGAUUUGACCAACACAGCCCUACUCAUGGAAGGAAAGUGACUUUGAACUACAAUGACACUGAGUUGGAUUGCAAUGAGAUGUACAGCUGUUUUUCUUUAUAUGUUCAGAUGUGGAUUAUUUUAUGACUGUAUGUGUAUGAGUGUGUGUGUGUGUGUGUGUGUGUGCACUUUUUGAGUGUAAUAUGGUUAAUGUUUUUAUACCAUGGUCUGUCUGAAUACUCAAUUCUGAUUGGCUGGUAGGCAUGCAUUAAAACCGUUUAAUGCACAGGUAGUUCCAAGUCAGUUUAAUCACAGUUAUAUAUUAAUGUGCUGCUUUAAUUUAUGCACACAAACACAUAAUUUGCAGACAGACACACACAAUUGUCAUCUCUCUCUAUCGAUAAUUAAUUCAAAUAAAUGCUAUAAUUCAUUUAAAUAGAUGUGGUCUUACCUCUGUGUCUUAUUUGAAGCGGACAGAAUGCUAGAGUUAACAACUGUUACUGACAAAAAUAACCAUUAUUUUUACCCAUCCGAUUAAAUAUGGCACUGCAAACAUCAUUAACAGCUUUAACUUGUCAGUGCUGGCAAAUAGUGUAAGUGGGAUAAUGCAUGGCUAGCAACCGGGAUCUUGGCUUCCACAUCAUGCAUUCAAAUUGUUUAGUGCACAACUAGCCAUGCAUUAUCCCUUACGUAUUAAUAACCUAAUUACAUAAAGCAAUUAUUUAUACUAUUACGGAUGAAAGAUGAGAGUUAAGGGAAAAAAGGCAAAAGUGAAAUCGCUAUCAUCAUUUACUCACCCUCAAGUUGUUCUAAACCUGUAUGAAUUUCUUUCUUCUGUUGAACAUAAUAUGUU